GUCUAUUACAUUCCUGAUGAUGCCAACUGAAAGCUGGCGAAAGCUCGAAUAAAGUAUUUUCAAGACUGAAAGUCAUGUUAUUCAUAGCAGUUCUAUAUUCGAUUUACAAAUACUUAUUUCCAGCUGCUCUACCAACAAAUUUGGUAAUAUUAAUGGUGCUAGUAAUACGGUAAUCCCAUCAUUAUUAUCGUUCUCUGCUACUAUUCUCACACAAUCAAAAGUUUGAAUUAUUUCACACGCAUACAAGGCAAAACUUCAUUGCAAGCAAAAUGUACAUUAUGUCCAGUUGAUAAAGGUAUUCUUCAAACAAAAUUCUCCACAACCACAACUCUCAAACGACAUCUGAAACAAAUUCAUGACAUAGAUAUAACAAAUUCGGCAAUGAUUAAGCCAAAACGAAAAAUAUCAUUAUUAUCAACAAAAGGGAAAAGUCGACUUGAUGAAUUAUUAAUAACAGCAAUCGUGAAAGAUGUACUAUCUUUCAAUGAUAUUAGUAAACCUGGAUUAUUAAAAUUUAUAACCAAGAGCAUUCCAGAAAUUCCUGAUGCUUUUGACGAAGUCAAAGCUAUAUUACCAUCUGAUGCUGAACCAAUUAUUCAAUGGUUUGAAAAUAACUAUGUACAUGGAAGAGUAAAAAGAAGACUGAGAAACGGCAGAGUUCAAAGACACAAUCCAUUAUAUCCCCCAGAAAUGUGGUCUGUCUUUGAUAACAUGAAAUUUGCAUUUCCAAGAACUGAAAACAAAGUCGAAGCCUGGCAUCGACGUUGGGAAAUAUUAAUUGGUCGAGCUCAUGUUGGCAUUUUCACUAUGAUUAAACAAAUUCAAAAAGAACAAAAUGAAGCUGAAAUGGAAAUUGAAAAAUCGAUGCGGGGAGAACCAGCUCCAAAGAAGCGCAAGGAAGACGAAAACAGAGAAUCCCGAAUUCAAAAUGUUAUUGCUGAUCGCGUUAAUAGAUCAACUAUUGAUUUUCUUCGGGGCAUUGACUUCAAAUAUUUGUCGGCCAAAUGA